GCACGCACACACUCUCGGUCACCUGUGAGACGGAGCCGUGGCGCGCGCUCGCUCCUCCGGCGCUCCUGAAGAAAACAACAACAACAACAACAAAAAGCCCAUUUAUUUUUCAUGUCGGUUUCCAGAAACGGUUCGUGUUAAUCGGCUCGUCGCGAACUUUCGAUCCGAAUCAGUGAGGCGGUAAACCGGUACACCUGUAAAGCCGGUGGCGCGUGAAUCCCGCCGCACGCACGCGCCCUCAUGAGCGCCCCGGGAAGCCCGCGCGCAGACUCCAGACUGGAGCAGGUCAUUCAGAAGUUGGAGGAGAGUGUGUUAUCUGAAGAGAAGAGAUUGACAGUGCGAGGCCCCUCCCCUGAUGCUCCGCCCACCUGCAUACCGGCUCGUGUGCGAGAAAUCGUCACCAAGAACCUGAACGAAAGCACCGGCAGCAUGUCCUCGGUUCUGUCUCUGGAGGAGGAGAACCGCGUCCUUCAGAGUGAACUGAGUCGCCUGGAGGACCUGCUGGCCCACAGCCGCGCCGACCGCGACGAGCUCGCCAUCAAAUACAGCGCCAUCAGCGAGAGGUUGGAGCAGGCCCUGCGUUUGGAGGCGGGGGUCAGUGACAGCGACUCUCCGGAGUGUGUGAGUUUGUCUCAGCAGGUGGUGGAGCUGCGACGGCGUCUGGAUGAAGAACAAAACGCUUACAAACGCAAACUCACCGCCUACCAGGAGGGGCAGCAGAGACAAGCUCAACUCGUCCAGAAACUACAGGCCAAGGUUCUGCAGUAUAAGAAGAAGUGCAGUGAUCUGGAGCAGUCUCUGCUGGAGAAAUCAUCAGAGCAAAGUGGGUGUGAAAAGUCCACUAAUGGUCAGGACGAGUGCAGCAGUGAGCUGGAGACGGCCCUUAUCCGCCUCGAGGAAGAGCAGCAGAGGAGCAGCAGUCUAUCGGCAGUGAACGCGAUGCUGCGUGAACAGCUGGAACAGGCCGGACUGGCCAAUGAGGCGCUGAGUCAGGACAUCCGCAGACUCACUGCUGAUUGGACCAAAGCGAGGGAGGAGCUGGAGCAGAAGGAGUCUGAUUGGAGGAGAGAGGAGGAGUCAUUCCAUAACUACUUCAGCAGUGAGCACAGUCGGCUGCUCACUCUGUGGAGGCAGGUAGUCAGUUUCCGCAGGAGUGUGUGUGAGAUGAAGAGUGCCACCGAGAGGGAUCUGUCAGUGAUGCGCAGUGAUCUGGCUCAGGCGGCUCAGAGCGUGCAGCUGCAGUGUGUGUGCAUGUGUGUGGCGGUGCGGAGUCGUGAGGACGGCUCGGCGCUGGUCCUGGAGCGCGAGGCGGCUCAGCGCAUCACACUGGAGCAGCUGCUCCGAGAGAAAGAGAGCGAGAUCACCGAGAGCCAAUCUGAGAGAGAGAAACUCAACAGCAGGCUGGCAGACGCAGAGAGAGAGAUGGAGAGACUCAGAGCUCGAGUAGACGAGAGAGAGAACGAGAUCACGUCACUCACUCGGAGACUGCAGGAGCAGAGUGGAGAUGAAGAAUCAGAGCUCCACACACUCAGAGCUCACAUUAACACUCUGCUGGACACCCUGAGAGACAUCGCACAGUUGAUGAUGUCAGAUUCGGACUCGGGCGUGUUCGGCUCGUCAGUGGAGUCCGAAUCAGAGAACAGCGUUUUGGCUCUGUUGCCGUUGAUGCGCUCCUCCUCCCCCCAACGAUCCUCGUCACCACAGCGAUCAUCGUCUCCACGGCGACCCUCCGCCCUGCCCCUCCCCGAAUCCGCUCUCUCAGCUCUGCGUGGCAUGGCAACCAAUAGACAUCUCCAGCUCCAGGAGGUCAAAGGUCGUCUGCAGUCAGCGCAGUCGUCUGUCCAGCAGCUGCGCAAACAGCAGGGGGAGGCGGAGUCAGGCAGGAGGGAGGCGGAGCUACGCCUGCAGGCCAUGCAGGGUGAGAGGGAUGACGCUCAGAGAGAGAGAGAGACAGCGGUGCGAGAGAGAGACCGACUCCGACAAGAGAGAGACAAACUCUGCAGUGAGAAGGAGUGUGUGCAGCAGUCUGUGCAGGCUUUGCAGACAAAACUGCAGCUGCUACAGAUGGACUGUGAGAGACUGCAGCAGGCUGCGGCGUCUGCGCAGAGAGAGAGAGAUCACGAACGAGUGGAGAGAGAGUCGGCCGUGCAGGAGAGAGAUCGCGCCAGAGUAGAGACCGAGAGAGUUCAGUCUCAGUGGGAACAGAGUGAGAGUCGCUGCAGCUCUCUGCGCUCUGAACUGGCUGCAGUGAAGGAGUCGCUCCAGCAGGGGGAGAUAGAGAGACAACUGCUCAAAACUGAGAAGAGCCAACUGACUGACACUCUCACUAAGGCGGAGUCCAGUAAUGCCGAGCUGAUGGUGUUGAUGGCGAAGCUGCGCUCUGAGGAGGCGUCAUUGAGAGACUCUCUGGCUAAAAUGAGCAGCUUAAAUGAAGGACUCGCUCAGGACAAAGCAGAACUGAACACCAUCAUCAUCCAGGUGGAGGAGGAGAGGAGUGUGCUGCAGGGUCAGAAGAGAGAAGCGGAGCAGGAGAAGCUGACCAUCAGAGACGAGCUCGUCCGAUUGGAGCAGGACCGUCUGGAGCUGGACUCCGCCCGCCUCACUCUCCUCCAAUCACUGCAGGAGUCUGAGCAGGCCAGGGCGGGGCUGGAGGCGGAGCUUCAGAUGCUCCGGAUGGAUAGACAAAAACUGCAGGAGAAAGUUACACAGCUGUGUGGUGAGGUGAGCUCUUUAGGGGCGGAGCUUGGUAUCAUACGCGGUGAGGGGGAGAGAAGGGGCGUGGCUCUGGAGGAAGCCGGACGGACCAGGGCGGAGCUUUCUCGUGAGAGGGCGGGGCUUGUGGUUCAACUCACGGCGUCUGAGAGAGAUAACGCUGCACUGACGGAGGAGCUCGCUGCGUUCAGGGUGGAGAAGGAGGCAUUGGAGGCGAGUCUGUUUGAGGUGCAGCAGCAGCUGAUGCAGUCAGACUUGCGCAGAGAGCACCUCGAGAAUGAAAACCUCAACCUGAGAACACGACACGAUAAUGCUACAGCGGAGCUGAAGCGUGUGCGUGCGGAUGGAGAAAAGGCUGCUGCUCAGAGUGAGAGAGAGAGACAGGCUCUUAAACAGGAGCUGAUUAACGCUCAGCACGAGGCUCAGCUCUCGCUCCGUAAUGCGCUGUCUGACCACCAGGAGGAGCUGGAGAGACUCACCAAUGACAAGGAGGCUCUGCGCUGCAGUCUGCAGGCCGAGCAGGAGGAGGCGCUGCGGCGUGUGAGGGAGGAGAUGGAGGAGCGUCUGCAGAGGAUGGAGCGAGAGCGGGAGGAGCUGCAGGAGGAGAUUCGGGCUUUACAGCACGCACGGGAUCAGAGUCUCCUACAGGCCGAGAGCGACAAACAGCAGGCGCUCUCCCUGAAGGAGACGGAGAAGGCCAUGCUGUCCGAGAGAGUGUGUUCACUACAGGCCGACCUGAGCUCUGCAAACCUGGAGCUGGAAAGACUGACGAGAGACGCACAACACCUGAAGGAGCAGGAGAGAGCUACAGUAGGAGCUGUGAACGCUGAGCUCCAGGAGCUGCGCAUGAGGCUGGAGGACACGGUGAGCUCUAACAGACGGGAGCUGCGCAGACUGCAGGAGAACUGCACAGAGGAGCAGAUACGUGCAGACAACGCGCUCAGAGAGCUGGAGGAGUGUCGCGCUCUUCUCUCAGCCAGCGAGGAGAGCCGAGAUGCCACGAGGCGAGACCUUCUGGAGAUGGACAGGCGUCUGAGCCAUUCACGUGACACGGGGGAGGGGCAUCGGCGAGACACGGUGGAGCUACGGCGCUCCCUUGGUGAUGUCACUAAAGAGAAGGACGCUCUCAACCAAUCAAAUGGCCAGCUGAGGGAGGCGCUGAGAGCAGCGGAGAGCGAACGGAUCAGUGUGAAGCGUCAGUGUGAGGAGAAAGAGCAGCGCGUGGCCGUGCUGGAGGAAACCCUGGCGUCUGCGCAGAAGGAAGUCGGGGAUCUGCGCAGCUGUCUGCGGGAGGUGGAGCGAUCACGACUGGAGGCCAGGAGAGAACUGCAGGAACUGCGCAGACAGGUGAAGGUGGUGGAUGUGGAGCGAGAGCAGAAAGCCAGAGAAGUGGCAGAGCUCCAGACUCGUCUCUCACUGGAGGAGCAGAAGGAGGAGGAACGAGGGAAGGAGCUCUUCUCCAUCAAACAGAAACUCACUGAGGCAGAGGCAGCCAGGAACUCCCUCAGAAAAGAGCUGUCCUGCGUGCAGAAGCGUCUGAGCGACAGCGAGAGCAGUCGGCGUGGACUCGAGCGGGAUUUGAGCUCUCAGCUGCACGAGGCGCGCGGCUCAGAGAAGAAGCUGCAGGACGAGCUGAGGAACCUGAGCGUGCGUGCGCAGGCCGGGGUCGAAGCGUCUACGGAGACGCAGCUGCAGCUCAGCGAGGCGCAGGGGCGCCUCGGUGCCACGGAGGCGGAGCUAACGCGUUCCGAGGCCGCACGCCGUGACCUCGAGUUCCGAUUGGCUAGUUUGCAGUCGGCACUUACUCGAACGCUGGGUAUCGGCGCCGGGGUGCGGAGCUUACGCGGACGCAGUCCUGCAGGCUCCGCCCACUCGUCACUCAUUUCUGUGGUGAUGCCCCGCCGCCGGAGCGUCUCUCCUCUACGCAGCUCGUUAUCACCCGCUAAAGAUGUUGUGGAUAAAUCCAGUAAAUCCAGUCCUGAUAACACGAACGUGUCUCGUCCCCUGUCCCCCGAGAGAGGAGACACGCCCAUCCCUCUCGUACAGCCCGACCUCGACCCGGAAACGCUCCGCAGUGGCCUUCGAGACUUCCUGCAAGAGCUCAGAGAAGCCCAGAGAGAAAGGGAUGAGGCACGCAGCCAGUUGGGGGCGCUGCAGCAAGAACUAGAGGACGUGAAAGGAGAGAGGGAGUCUGCUCAAAACCGUGUCACUCAACUUCACACCACACUGCAGGAGUGUCAGGAAGGUAAGCGGACUGUGGACGGUCGGCUGAGCUCCACUCAGACGUUACUGCAGCAGCAGGAGGAGGCGGUGAGGAGAGGAGAGAGAGAGAAGAGGACACUCACCGAACGAGUUAAAGAGCUCGAGAGAACACUGCAGAAUGCAGAGAUGGAACGCAGACACCUACAGGAGCAGUGCAAUAAACUCCGGGCAGGUGAGGUUCGGUUGGAGGCGGAGCGUCGGAGGCUGAGGGAGGCCUUAGAAGGGGCGGAGUCGCGAGCUACAAGGGUGGAGCUUGGAAGGCGGAGCCUAGAGGGAGAGAUCCAACGGCUACGAGUGUGUCUCGCCGAGAAGGAGACAGAAGCCCAGAGUGCUCAGGACCGACACGACAGCAUGCUCAAACAGGUGGUGGAGGCAGAGGCUCGUGUCUCCUCGUUACAGAGGGAGGUGGACAGAGUGUCGUCUCUGCUCAGUAAAGCUCAGGACCUGGAGAGCGUUCAGAGAGACAGAGCUCAGAGUCUCAGCCAGAGCCUGCAGGAGAGCAACGCAGCUCACAGCGCCACCCAGGGGCGACUCGCCACACUGCAGAAAAACCUCACGCUCACCGAGCAGGAGCGCAAACAACUGCAGGAGCGUGUGGACAGCAUGCGGGCGUCUCUGUCUGAGGGGAAACACGCUGUAGAGACUCUGACUGAGCGCAUGCAGAACCUGCAGGCUGAACUCACACAGAGCCAACUGAAACGCCAAGAGCUGGAGACAGAGCUCGCCGACACGCAGGAGGCCUUGCGUCUGCGCUCGGCCGCUCUGUGUGAGGCGCAGCGCUCCCUGCAGACGGCGCAGACGGAGCGUGUGUGUGUGGAGGAGCGAGUGUGUGUCCUGCAGCGAGCCGUCGCUCUGUUGGAGACGGAGAAGAAGGACGCAGAGAGACAGGCAGUACGUCUGGAGAAGGACAAGAACGCCCUGAGGAACACGCUGGAGAAGGUGGAGCGUCAGAAGCUGAAGACGGAGGAGACCAGCAUGCGUCUGUGCGCGGAGAAAGAACGACUGGAUCAGACACUCAGCACGACGGAGCAGGAACUACAACACGCACAGAGGCAGAUCACCCUGCUGCAGACCCAACUCGCGGAGUUGGAGGCGUCGCAGAGCGUGAGCGAGCGUGAUGACGCCCUGAAGGAGGCGGAGCUUCUGAGAGCCAAUCAGCGCGAGGUGGAGAGACUGAGAGCCAGUCAGAGAGAGGCGGAGCGAACGUUGGCCAAUCGGGAGAGAGCUCAUCGUCAGAGAGUGAAGGGACUGGAAGAGCAGGUGUCCACUCUGAAGGAGCAGCUCCAGCACGAAUUACGGCGCCGACAUCCGUCUCUGCCCCUGAGUAACUGAUCUGAGGUCAGCCCGUACCAAUACACACUGAUGUUAUAGUCACCGUGGAGACCAGCGCACAUCAUGUGACAAACACGUCAUGUGACCUGCUACAGAUCUGUGUGUGUGUGUGUGUGUGUGUGUUCGUGUUCCACUUGGAAAUCCCACCUGAUCUGAGAACAGCUUUAACCACUAACGCCUGCAGAGACUCACACAGCACUGACCUGAGAUCAGCAGGUACACAGGCAGCUUCCCGCUCAGGUGUGUGUGUGUGUGUGUGUGUAUGUGUGUUACACUGUCUGAGUUUCUAUAUCGGUUCUACUGAAUGGUGUGUAAUUCUGUGAUGUCACACCUUUGAUGUCAUUCAUUUUGCCAUGGUCACAUGACCGUAAUUCCGUCGCUGCGACUGUGCAGUGAAGACGUCGGGAUUGUCUUUACCUUCAGGUGUCGUUUGUGCUAAUUGAUGCCACCUUCAGUCACUGUUAGCAACAUUAGCGUGUGUGUCCUGUAGAGUGAACACUAUGAAGUGUGUGUCUCCGCACUCAGGUGAAAAUGAAGCCAGGACCUUCGCCGUUCGCAGCGAGGCGCUACACGUGUGUCGAUGUUCCGUUUUUCACAUCGCACAGUAUUUUAUCACUGACGAACUUCUGAGGUUAUUACGAUAUCUAUUUUUUUUUUUACACAAUUUCUCGAACUUUCAUGUUGACUAUCAUGUGAUAAACAGAAUUGUGGACUUGACAGCACACAACGCUGACUCAAAUCUGGACCAAAAUCUGGAUUAGGAUUAUUAUUAUUAAAUGUAGAAUCUGCUGAAUUUGACAUAAAAAUGUCUGACAGAUAUUUUAACUUCUUUAUUUUUUUAUUUUUAGAGAGUGAGAUAUGAUUUUUUUUCUGUACACUCCAUGUACUAUGUAUUAUUAACUCUGGUCUGUAUGUGUAUGUCUGGACUUUUUCUAAUGAUGUAACUCGAUUAAUGGAUAAAUUUUAAUCAUUUCACCCCAGAAAACAAUAAACCUGAAAUAAUUUCAAACAGCAACAAA